AAACAAUGUUAGUGGCAAUUUAUUUUAAUAUGGCGCUAACAAAGUUUUGAACUAUUAAUUAAACUUUUACGAUUGUGACAGAAAAAUGUCUUCUAAAGACUUAAAUAACUUCUUAAAAGCAUUGGACGCAGUCAAAGAAGAUUACACAUGCGGCGUCUGUUCAGAACUCUGUAAAAAUCCAGUGACUUUGAGUAAAUGUUUUCAUUUGAUAUGCGCUAGUCACUUCGAGGGCUUGGACGCUUGUCCGUCUUGCGGGACGAAUUUGGAAGGUUGCAAAACCUUCACCGACGAACGUCUUGCCGUAUGCAUAAACUCUGCGAAUAAAUUAGACGAGAUAUUCAGUUGUUUUAGAUCUAAAGAAACGUCUACGACAAAACAAGAUAAAAUCGAAUCUAACAGUAAAACCACGUUAACAGACGUCCGAAAACCUCAGGCAAAGCUCCGAAGCCACGAUAUUUCAAUAGCCAGCAGUAAAUUCAGCAAGUCCAGUGAAAAACGCAAUAAUAAAGGUGAAACGCCACUACACAUCGCCUGCAGGUUAGGUAAAGUUGACAAAAUCACCGAACUAUUAAACCAGGGUGUCAAUACGAACACUAAAGACAAUGCCGGUUGGACGCCUUUACAUGAAGUUGUUCAAAAUGGACGACUUGACUUGGUCACUCUUUUACUCCAAUAUAAUACUUUGAUUGACGUACCGGGGCUCAAUAAUGAGACACCAUUGCAUGAAGCAGUCAGAUACGGACACCGAGAAAUCAUUAAAGAACUUGUCAAACAUGGAGCGGACAUAAACUGUAGGAAUUCUAAAGGGGAAACUCCACUGCAGUUAGCUACAGAUGACUUGAAAAUAAUAUUAAAGAAGGCAUCAGAGAGUUUGAUUCAAACACAGUCCGUUAAUGUGACUCACAUGUCGAUCUUGCACUCAGAGUUAGAUUUUGAUGAUAUAAGAGUCUAUUGUGUAUCUCAGCAGAAGUCGGUUGUAUCAAAACUAAAAUUGCUAUGUAAACAACACAGCAAUUUGCAUAUUGAAGUCAAAUUUACAAAAAAAGUAACGCAUUUGAUCGUUGAUGCUGAGAACGGUAUAUGUAUGUCGACAAUAGAUGUACUGCAGGGGAUCGUGAAUUCCAUAUGGAUAUUAACGUCAGAUUGGGUCCUGAAAUCUACAGAAGAUAGUUUGGAGCAGUUUGAACAAUUUGAGGUUACUGGAGUGGGCACAGCAUCCUACAAUGGCCCUAAAACAGCUCGUUAUAACAAAUACAAGCAACUACCAGGAGUGUUUGAUGGCUGCCACUUUUAUCUGCACAAUUUCAAUAUGAAAUACGAAAUAUCCAAGCACCUGGUACUGACCAAAGCGACUAUAAGCAAGCUGAUUACUGAUGCAGGCGGUAUAGUGCUCAGGAGAGUGCCCAACCCGGAAUCCAUACCGGACCAAGAGAAAUUGGUGCCGUAUCAUGCUAAAAAAGAUGGAAAACUAUAUAUUUGUUCGCAUUAUAUUAUUUUUAAAGACACGUACCAGCCAAUGUACAAUAUGCAGCAUCUUAAAGCGCUGCCAAUAGGCUGGUUGAUUGAGUGCAUAGAGAGAUAUGAACUGUGUGAUCCGUGAUAGAGAUCGGAACUUGUUCCUUGAAAGCAACAAAACUGAUAAUCUAUAUAUUAAUAUGUGAAGCAAAAACUUUGUACCCCUUUUUACGAAAAUUGCGUGGACGGAGGAGUAUGAAUUUUCCC